AUAAGAUGCGGGAAGGGAGGUUGAGGUGGUUCGGCCACGUGCAGCGGAGAUGCGCUGAUGCGCCAGUGAGGAGGUGUGAGAGGAUGGCUGUGGUGGGCUUGAAGAGAGGGAGGGGUAGGCCAAAGAAGGCCUGGGGAGAGGUGAUUCGGCAGGACAUGGUGUUACUCCAGCUUACCGAGGACAUGAUCGGUGAUAGAAGGGGGUGGAGGUCGAGUAUCAGGGUAGAGGGCUAGUGGGGGGCCGCGAGGUUUCCUUUCUCGUAUUAGGAGUAUUUUUAUCCUGCUUCUAUGUGUUGGUCUUGUCUAUCUUUGUUAUUUUAUCAUGACUUCGUCGCUCUUGCUAUUUCUCAUUUUCACAUACUUUUGAUUUGCUUGUCCGUAUCUGACUCUUUUCCCUUGUUUUCCUUGUUUUCUUCUGAGCCGAGGGUCUUUCAGAAACAGCCUCCCUACCUUCCAAGGUGGGGGUAAGGUCUGCGUACACUUUACCCUCCCCAGACCUCACGUUGUGGGAUCCAACUGGGCAUGUUAUUGUUGUUGUAUCAUUCUUUUUACAAUUAUUGACUAAACAGAAAAAGGGAUAGUCUAACAUAAAUUGAGAAGGAUUAAAAAGGAAAAAUAUUUACAUAAAUUAGUACGUAGAAAAUAUAUAGUACUUUUAACGUUUCGAUGAAACUGCAACAUGAGACACUAGAACGGACAAUCCAGUCAGGCCCCCUCCCACAAAAAAGAAUUAAAAAAAAACAAAUAGGUGAAAAACACAAAAGGGAAGAAAGAACUAAUUUAGGAAAAACAAGUCCAAUCAAGAAGAAAUUUAUAUGAAAUGAUGAAAUUCCUUCACCUUAAUCAAAGAUUUCAAAUCGAAUUUAAAAAACGGAGAAACUCGAGUAGGAAACCAUUUGCCAAUUCGGUGAUACCUACACAAUACAAAUCCAAAUUUAUCUGGCAAGUACGUUACAAAUAUACAAAAUGGUUUAUAGAAGAGAGAAGAAGUACAACAACCAUAAGAAAGAAGUAUAGUCAACCCAUGCAGUACAGAAUUAGUAGUACUACCCAAGUUUGCCCCCUCUAUAUAACAAUAUCCGAAAGGCUAAAUUAAUCUGCAAAGCCAUCCAUCCUAUAUCUCUUGACCAUAACUUAUUUAUAAAAAAAAAUAAAAACAUAAGAGGACAUAGAGGGCUUAAACUCUAGUAAAACCAUGGAUCAUGAUCAUAACAUGCCAGGAAUGGGAGGAAUGUCACCACCACCACCACGACAAAACCACAUGAACAAUAAUGAACACAUGAUGGGCAUGGGGUUGACGCACAUGACCUUUUUCUGGAGUAAAAAUGCUGAAAUUCUCUUCUCAGGCUGGCCAGGAACGCGCACGGGCAUGUACGUCCUCGCGCUGAUCUGUGUAUUUGUGCUCUCUCUGCUUGUGGAGUGGCUCUCAAAUUGUAAUUACUUUAAAGGCAAUAAGGCAAAUGGUCUUGUUCAGACAUUUGUGCAUGGUGUAAAAAUAGGCCUUGCUUAUCUUCUCAUGCUUGCUGUUAUGUCUUUUAACGUUGGUGUUUUUAUAGUUGUCGUGGCUGGACAUACUUUAGGGUAUUUCCUAUUUGGCAGUAGGACUAAUUCUGAGAAUAAUGCCUGCCAAGCUUGAUCUUGAGGUAAAGAUUUAUUCACGCCUAGUAUUUAUAUCAAAUCACGCAAAUUAUCAUAGCUAAUUGAUAAUGAGGUAUAUAAUAAUUUGUCUUAAUUCACCAGGGUUUAGUGAAAAAAGUAUCAGUGCAAACACAUGAUGACAUGCAUCUAUUAGUCUGGUGUAAACAAUUAAUUAUGAUAAAUUGAUGUGAUUUGAUAUAAAUACCCGGUGAGAAUAAGUAUUUAAGCUUGAUCUUUGGUCCUAUAUAGCUGGUGAAUACCCAAUUUAUAUUUGGUCAACUUUGUCAAUUGUGCUCAAUUUAUUGUUGCUUCGUGAGGUUUCAAGAUAGAUGCAGCUUACUUUUUUUCUCUAAAUUUCUCUGUUCCAAUUACCUUCCAGAGGUGAGAUGUAUUUGGUUGUGAUUACUCAUUACUGUAAGUUAAUGAUUAUGUUACUUCUUCA